UCAUAAAAACCUCCAUUCAAAACUUUCUUUAGUUCCACUUCCAUUUUGCACCAAAGUGGAAGUUAUGGAUCAAGUUAAGUCCCAUAAAAUAGCAUCUUUGAUUGAGAGCAUAAACACUCAUGACCAUCUAGUUAAGCUUACCCAAUUGUUAGUAUCAGUAUCUCUAUUUCUUUUCCUCUUUUCUUCUUCUCCCUUGGUUACUUUCCUCCAUCACUUCAACUUCUACUUCUCUACAUUUUCUUUCCAACUGUUCAGCCACACUAUAGACAAGAACUACAUGUUUCUCCUUUGCAAUGGGCUCCUUGUUUUUGUUGGAAUCACCAGAUCUUUAUCUGGGCAUAGUGGUGUUGAUGAAUCUUCUCAGUGUGUUGAAGGUGGUUCACAAUCUCCAUACUCAGAUGUUGAGGUUAACAAGCCAAUGUUGGUGGAGAAAACUAAGGAGCCUGAUGAACACAAUAUUGAAGCAAAUCAAGCAAUACAAAUCAAGUACUAUAAUCAAGAAGUAGAAGAAAAGAUUGAAAAAAUAAUUUUAGAAGAUGAAGAAGAAGGAAAAGAAGUUAACCAAUCAGUUUUGAAAGAAGAGGAGGAGGAGCCACAUAAAGAAACAGAACUAUAUGGUGCAGGAGAUGAAGAUGAAGACAAGGAUUCAGAGAUUAAUGAGUUUAUGAUUGAAGAAAGGGUAGAAGAGGAAGAAACUAAAGAAGAAGAAGCAAACAGGUUGCUAAGCACUGAGGAAUUGAACAAAAAGUUUGAUGACUUCAUUAGAAGGAUGAAGGAAGAGUUGAGGAUUCAAGCUCAAAGACAAUUAAUUAUGGUUUGACUUAGAUUAGUAACGAUCGUGAUCUUUUGUUUCUCCUAGGAUUUCUUGGCCUAGUUGUUUAUUAGCUAUUCUUUUUUUUUUUUUUCUGAUAUAGUCGUACUCUAUACAAUUUUGUUGAUUUAAAUAUUUCAAAAAUUUAAAUCUUUUACCAUAAGGAGUGUAUGUUAAAAUGUAAAUAAAUAAAAAAAGUGUAGAAUUUUAGAUGUUUGAAAAAAAAAACAGUUCAGAAUUUUAUAA